AUGGCUCUGUUACAAUUCGGGACAACGCUUGUGUUCGGUGUACCGCCACUUUGGAAUAACGAGAACCAGCCAGAUCCGAAUCUGAGGAAGUUUCAGGCUGUGAUAGUCGGUGUCCUCGGAACCAUUCCAACGCUGACACUGGCCUACGUGACUGCACCCUUCGCGCACCAGGUCUUCCUCCAAAUACCCGAGUACGCAAGACGCAGCAGACAGGACUUGAUGCAUUUCGCACGCACACUUAACCUCAAUCCAAAAGGCACUGCAAACACGAAAAUAGAGUUCGUAACACUACGUAUCUUCCCAUUCCGAAAGCAUACUACCGCCUUUCUGCAUGAGCUGCGCGCUCUACCUCCCAUGAAAAUGCGUUUAGCCAACAUUGAGUUGCCUAAGACUGAAGAAUGGGCGAAGAGACAGCGCGCGAAAGGGAUCUUCAAGAGGAUGGCCGAGGUGGUGAAGGAGCCGAGGUUCAAGUUCUAUGUCAAAGAGGGGCGUAUGUACACGAUGAAGACGGGUGUGCCGGGCGUAUGGGAAGAGGUAGCUAAACGUAUUCAAGAACAGACUGUUUCCGAGAAAGAGGCGGCGGAGAAACUUAAGAUUGGUGCGAGGAGGCCCGUUGUGGUCAGAAAGAUUACGAGACCUGAGGUGGGUAACGAGAGGAUUAAGAGGCAAACUUCAAGGGCGGUGCGUAGAUGA